AUGCCAAGCAAACUAAGGAAAGCAAUUGGAGCAGUAAAAGACCAAACAAGCAUUAGCCUAGCCAAGGUAACAAAUGCAGCAAAUCUUGAGGUAAUAAUUCUCAAAGCAACAACACAUGAUAAAAAUCCAAUCGAAGAGCGCUACGUUAACGAAAUCGUUAACGUAGUUUCUUCGAACAAAGCUUAUGCUGCUGCAUGUGCACAAUGUAUAGGCAAAAGAAUAGGCAAAACCAGAAAUUGGGUUGUUGCACUCAAAUCUCUUAUGAUUGUCCUUAGAAUAUUCCAAGAUGGUGAUCCUUAUUUUCCUAGAGAAGUUUUUCAUUCAAUGAAAAGGGGUGCAAAAAUUCUCAACCUUUCAAGUUUCAAAGAUGAUUCGAAUUCUAGUCCUUGGGACUACACCGCGUUUAUCAGAACGUUUGCGUUGUACCUUGAUGAGCGGUUAGAUUGUUUUCUAACGGGAAAACUUCAAAGGCGAUUCAAUUAUAAUAACCGAUUUUACGAGAAGAAUCAAAGGGAUGAGCCUGGUAUUAAAGAUAUGAAACCUACAUUGAUUCUUGAUAGAAUCAGUUAUUGGCAAAGGUUGUUGGAUAGAGCUAUGGGGACAAGGCCAACCGGUUCGGCCAAGAACAGUCGUUUGGUUCAGAUUUCUCUCUAUGCUGUUGUGCAAGAAAGUUUUGAUCUUUACAAAGAUAUCAAUGAUGGGCUUGGUGUUGUUUUGGAUAAUUUCUUCAAUUUACCACUUUCAGCUUGUGUUACCGCAUUCAAUGCAUGUGUUAAAUCAUAUAAACAAUUCGACGAGUUAGCUGCAUUUUAUAUUUUUUGUGCAAGCAUUGGAAUUGGUAGAUCCUAUGAGUAUCCAUGUGUGCAGAAAGUUUCUGAAGAGCUUAUGGAAACAUUACAAGCUUUCUUGAAGGAUCAAGCUUCGUUUCAUACGAAUAACAACGGUUCGAAACAUUUAAUUCUUUCUGCACACAAAAACUCUAAUGCAGGUUCAUGUUCAUCUCAAGAUGAACUAGGUGUUGAAAGAUGUGGAACACUUGAAAGGUUUUUCGAAACUGGUUCCGAGUUUGGAUCUCAAUGUACUUCAUUGGAAGAUUUAAUGUGCGCUACCGAUGCGGCCGGGAGUUCGCGCGGAUCGAUGGAACACGAUGCGUAUUCCGAGGUAUCCGAUGAAGACGAGAAACCGUCAUCACAAUAUGAUGAUGAGUUUGUUAGUGCUAAUGGUUCGGCUUCUCUUAGAUCGUUUACGAUGGAUCGAAAUUCCAGGUCGAGUUUCGAUAUAAUAAGUGUUGAUGACAUGAAUCAAGAUCAAGUGCAACAAAAUCAAACAAAUGAAGGAGGUUCCAAUUUAAUUGAUAGUUCCAAAGAUUGUUGGGAAAUAGUGUUGGCAAAGACAGUAACUAAUGAAACAUCAUCAUCAUCACCUAAAUUGGAUAAUGGUUUUGACCCUUUUUUCAGUUUCUUUGAUCAAGCUUUAGUACCUGCACCUCAACAAAAAUACAAUCCAUUCCUUGAUGACAUUGGAACUUUAGCCCCUCUUGCAGCCACAACAACGAAUUCCGAUUUUGACGAUGUUUUCAAUGUAUCACUAGCACCAACUUUUAAGGCAUCAACAACAUCACAAAUCUUUAAUGCUCAUGACCCUUUUGCAUCAUCUUUCUCCAAUUCCGCAACAGAUUUGGAUCUUAUUUUCGGCGACAUAAAUCAGAACAACACAACAGCUGCACCAACCUUUCAGGCUCAAAGCUCUUUACAGAUGAUUGUAGCACCAACCUUUGAGGCUAAAGAUCCUUUCAAGAAUGUUUCAACACCAACUUUCGAAGCGCAGAAUUCAAAUGUCAAUUACAUAGUAGAAUCACCAAGCUAUACCGUCGAGAAUCAAAAUGCUUGUAUUGUUCCUUUUGAUUCAUGUAAUAGUUUUAACAAUUCAACAGUGGCACCAACAUUUAGUGCAAAUGGUGGCAAUGAAACAACAUUGGCAACAGAAGUAGAAGAUGAUCCUUUUGGACCAUGGCCUAGUACUGCAAUGACCAAUGAUCAAACAUCUAAUGUGUCACCAAUGCAAGAUCAAACUUUGUUCAGGCUUCAACAACUGUGGUUGGAACAACAAAACAAGAUUAUAGCAAGGCGUAUGACUUGA